GGACUAUAAAAGUCUAGUACUUGGCGAUGUGGUUAUCAAACGCUUACAUACCGUGAACGGAGUUAGCUGAACAUAUUACAAAAUGAAAUUCUUGCUCGUCGCUUUUGCCGCCAUCCUGGCUUGCACCAGUGCUGAUGUCUCUGAGUUGGGCUACAGCUAUCAAGAACCCGCACCUGUGUCAUUCAAUGUCCCAGCACCAGCCCCUGCACCAGUUGCCCAACCUGAUCGCACCUACGUGCCACCAGCACCAGCACCAGCUCCAGUUCAUGUACCAGCUCCAGUCCAUGUCCCAGCUCCAGUCCAUGUCCCAGCUCCAGUCUAUGUCCCAGCUCCAGCUCCAGUUCAUUUCCAUGCCCCGGCUCCAGCUCCAGCUCCAGUACAUGUCCCAGCCCCUGCUCCAGCGCCAGUGCAUGUCCCAUCUCAAGUUUACCUCCCAGCUCCAGCUCCAGCACCAGCACCAGUCUCAGUCCCAGCACCAGCUCCAGUUCAUGUUCCAGCCCCAGCUCCAGUGCAAUUCCAUGCCCCAGCUCCAGCUCCUGUACAUGUCCCAGCCCCAGCUCCAGCUCCCGCUCCAGUUCAUGUUCCAUCUCCAGUAUACAUUCCAGCUCCAGCUCCUGCUCCAGCUCCAGCACCAGUGCAAUAUGUUGCCCCCGCUCCAAUUGCUCCAACUGAGCAAAUCGAACAUCACGCCGAAGAUGGUUACCGUUACAAGACUGUCCGCCGUCGCGUUUACAGACGCCGUUAUUAAUUUUGUUUUAUUUGGAUUGAUGAUGAUAAUUCUAUCCAGAAAAACAAAAAACACACUUAACGAAUAAAUAAAAAUUCUAGUUUUAUUAGAAAA